GUGUCUAUGCAAAGUUCUGGAAUCAACCCCCAAACAAGGUCCCCCCACUCCUUCAAAAAUCCUCUCUUUUUAUCCUACACUCUAAUCAUAGUCAUCAUCCACCACCUCCAUCUUCCCCCAGUAACAACAUAACAUAACAUUCAGAGAAAAACAAAACUAUCAUACCCACAUGGAUUUGCAAUGAAAGUGAGAGAGUCCAAUUAUGCGAACGCUUUGUGAUGCUUGUGAGAGUGCGGCGGCUAUAGUUUUCUGCGCCGCUGAUGAGGCUGCACUUUGUCGUGCCUGUGAUGAGAAGGUUCACAUGUGCAAUAAGCUAGCUAGUAGGCAUGUGAGGGUUGGUCUUGCAAGUCCAAGUGAUGUGCCACGGUGUGACAUAUGUGAGAAUGCACCAGCUUUCUUCUAUUGCGAGACAGAUGGAAGUUCCCUUUGUUUGCAGUGUGAUAUGAUUGUUCAUGUUGGUGGUAAAAGAACGCAUGGAAGAUAUCUUCUGUUCAGGCAAAGAGUUGAGUUUCCAGGAGAUAAAUCUAGUCAUGCUGAAAAUCCGGCUUCACAAGCAUUGGAACCAGGUGAGGCUAAAAGAGGACAAAAUCCACUUCCCAAGCUAAAAAUGGGAGAGAAGCAACAAAAUCACAGGAUGCCUAUGGUUCCAACACCAGGACCUGAUGCUGAUGGGCAAACCAAGAUGGAAACUAAAAUGAUUGAUUUGAACAUGAAGCCUAAUAGAAUACAUGAACAAGCAUCAAAUAACCAGUGCAGUUGGAUGAAAGUAGAACCCUUUCCAUAAAUGGUGCAACUAGGCAAUGCAGUUCUGACAGGAUCCUAAACCAAAAAUCUACCAAUGGCAAAAGCUUCGUUUUGUUCUCAUGCAUGCUAGUCACAAGGGAUGACAUACUCUGUUAAUAUCCUAUAUAUUCUGGCAAAUGAGGCACUAAAAUCUUUUGAGGAGUUUAUUCGUCUAUGUAGGAAUUUAAUUUGGUAGUUCAACACAUCAUAUUCUGUACUGCAAAGCAUUGUUAACUGUAUAUCUAUGACCCCUUUCAAUGAAUUGUGUGUUGACUUUUGUUUCUGGUUUCA